GUAGAAUUUCCCGCCAAGUGUGAGUGCUGUCACUGCGAUGACGUAUUUCCGUUUUGGUGAUCCAUUACCGGUUCAAAGGUCCUCAACGUGGCCCCUGGUGUUUUCAAGCGUGUGGAGUUAACAGCAAAGAAAGUGUAGUGGUGCUGGAGGGAAAACAGCAGUGAAAAUGGGUGAGUUCAAGGUGCACCGGGUUCGGUUCUUCGACUACAUGCCCAGCGCUAUCAGAGCCAUGGCGUUUAACAGCCGCACUGAGCGGCUGGCUCUGGCUCGGGCUGACGGAGCUCUGGAGAUCUUCAACUUCGCUGACAACUACUUCCAAGAAAAGGUCAUCCCAGGACAGGACGGCCGGGCUGUUGAGGCUCUGUGCUGGGUGGGCCAGCGUCUGUUCAGCGCCGGUUUGAACGGAGUGAUCACAGAGUACGACCUGGAGAACCUGAGGCCCAGGUACUCUGUGGAGGCCUAUGGAGGACCAAUCUGGACCAUCACUAGCAACAGCCAGGGAACACUGCUAACAGUCGGCUGUGAGGAUGGAACGGUGAAGAUUUUUGAAGUACUGGAGGAGAGGAUUCAGUUUCAAAGAAACCUCGACAGGCAGAAAGGUCGUAUUAUAUCUCUGUCCUGGCAUCCAUCUGGUACACUGAUUGCUGCCGGCAUGAUGGACAUGAUCAGAAUCUUUGAUGCUGAGACAGGCCACGCCACGCACAGGCUGCUGGUGGACAGGGGUGUCGGAGCAUCCAAGAACAAAGAGGUGGUGGUUUGGAGCAUCGUGUUCCUGUCUGACCACACCAUCAUUAGCGGUGAUUCUGCGGGAAAGGUCCAGAUCUGGGACGGACUCACUGGAACUCUGGUUAGAACUCACCUGGUCACCAAGUGGGACGUUCUGGCUCUGUCUGUUUCACAGGAUGAGAGCAGUCUAUUAGCUGGGACGUCAGAGGGCACCGUCGUCCAGUUUCAGUUCAUCUCCUCCACUGUGGACCAGCAGGAUAAGGAGUGGGUCAGAACACGGACCUUUAAAAACCAUUCGCAUGAUGUGAGAGCACUCGUCCACACGGAGACUGCAGUGGUUUCUGGAGGUAUGGACACCCAGCUGGUAGUGCGACCCCUGCUGGAUAAAGUGGAGAAGAACACCCAGGAGUCAGCGCUGCGCAAAAUAGCUUUCCCACAUAGAAGCCUGGUUUGUUGUGCAAAGAAAGCAGGACUGCUGCUCUUCCAGUUCCCUGAUCAUUUAGAGCUGUGGAGAGUGGGGGAGAG